AUGGACAUUCCGAUCGUAAACAUAUUUCCAGUGUUUGAUGCACAAUGCAAAGAUCGCGUCUUCAGUCGUCUGAAAGAAGGAACAGUGGAGACAGAUGAUCCACUUAUGAUGAAGACGUUUGUCUACGUGGAGAAUCCAGAAACAUUUUGCUUUUGUCUGAAGUGGAAAUACGACGAGAACAAUGAGCGCUGGUCAAGCUUCCUUUCCAUGACUCCGGCAGUCGAUUGA